AUGGCUUAUUGCAAAUCCAUUGAUGUGUUUUCAUGGAUUCAAAACCUUCCACCAAUAUCAGAAUGGAAAACAGGUUCUAUAUCCUUAAACUUAUGUUCUUUAACAAACUCAUCUCAACCAUCACUUAACCUCACCCUAUCAAAAAACCACCAAUCUCAAAAACUCUCUUUUGCUAUUGUGGCUGAUUUCAAUAUCCCUAUUUUUCUUUGGACCUCAAAACCAUUCAAACCUAGCACUAAAAUAGCACAUGAAGAAACCAUUUCAAAUCUCCUUGUUAAUUUCAUACAAGACAUCCUUCAUUAUGGCUCAAAAAACAAAAAUAAUAGUACUACUCUCUUCAUUAAAUUUCCGAAACUCGAAACCAUUUCGAAUUUUGGUGAUAUUUUCAACCUUGCUUUCUUAACUCUAUUUUUCUUAGUUUGUAUUUACGAAGCCCCUUCGGAUCUUCGUUACGGAUGUCUUAAUUCUUUAAAGGAACAACUAUCACGUUGUGGAUCAAGAAAUUCAUCAAAGAUGUUGAUGAAACUCUUAGGUUCUAAUUUAGAAGAAAAGUGGAUGCGUUCUAUUAACCUUGCUAUUACAAAUUGGAUUGUGGAGUUACAAGAAGUAGCUACAAUAAAUCAUAGAAUGCUUAGAACACCAUGUCCUUUGUUUUCUUAUGCAUUUUCAGCAUUUGGGUUGUGGAAGGUUCAAUUGUAUUGUCCUCUAAUAACCAUGGAUGUUGUUAGUGCAAAUAAUCAUAGAGCUGAUGAGAGACUUCAAUUCUCUCUCAAGUAUCAACAACUUGAAGGUGUUCUUCAAUUCAAUCACAAAGUCUUUAUCAAAGAGAAGUGGGUUGAAAUCAUGGUGAACAUUGAUAAUAUAAGAUGUGAUGUUUUCAAACUAGUAGAUGAGACUCUUAUGAGAGAAAGAGGAGCUGGUGCAUCUGAAAAACACUUUCCAUCAAGAAUAUCAUUACAACUUACACCAACUCUUCAACAUCAAGUCCUAAGUGUAUCCGUAGGAAAAUCCUCAGAAAAUCCAAGAAAGGAAAUAGGCAUAGAAAAAACCCUAGAAGCUUCAUUUCAACCAACAAAUCCAUACAUAGGACUCAACGUAUCAGCAGGAGAAUCAUCAACAAUGAGUUUAAAGCCAUGGAAGUUCGAAGAAUCGGUUUACGGAUAUAGUGCAAAUUUGAAUUGGUUUCUUCAUGAUAGUAUGGAUGGAAAAGAAGUGUUUUCAUCAAAGCCUUCAAAAUUUGAUAUGAUUAAUCCAAAGUCAUGGUUUAGGGAUAGGUAUUCAAGUGCUUAUCGUCCUUUUACUAGAGAAGGUGGAGUUAUUUUUGCUGGUGAUGAAUAUGGAGAAAGUGUGUGUUGGAAAGUUGAUAAAAAUGCUAGAGGGAAGAUUAUGGAAUGGGAAAUUAGGGGUUGGAUUUGGGUUACUUAUUUGCCUAAUAAGUAUAGGACUUUUUAUCAUGAAACUAGGAGGUUGGAGUUUAGGGAAAUUGUUCAUCUUAAUAUUCCUUAG